UAACUGCACCGUGUAAUUUCCUCUCCCCGCUCGCCCGCCCCUCCUCCUCACCGCCAGCGUGGCACUAACCUCGUCCCGCCCGCGCCGCCAUUUGAUGCGUGAGGAGCGAACCACGCAGUGGGCGCGGGAGGGGAGGAGCGAACUCCCCCGCGUGGGGCCGAUGGACUCGUCGGCGCCGCGGGGCCGCUGCAGACGUGGCAGGGCGGGGUGGCGCGGGGCCUGCUGGGAGCUGUAGUCCCCGGCAGCGCCGGGGACCUUCCUUCAUCCCUGAGACGGGAAAGGCCGCGAACGGACGGGCCGGAAUAGAGCUUUGUAUAGCUGAAGGAAAAUGAUGGAAGAGAGUGGAAUAGAGACAACUCCACCUGGCACGCCCCCACCAAGCUCAGCAGGGGCUGCUACUGCUGCAGCACCUGUCUCAUUAGCUUUGUCCAGUCCCCUUUCUACACCAAGCAUGUCCUCUUCUCCUACAUAUUCACCAUCCUUGCCAGCUGGAUUGUCUCCAAUUCCUCCUCCUCCUCCUCCUCCUCCUCCUCCUCCUCCUCCUCUGAUGACUUCAGCUUCUCUCCCACCUGUGCCUUUUGCAACGAUUUCUUCUCUUGCACCGUCUCAAAGUCCUGCCCUACCUCUUGCUUCCCCUUUAGCCUUUAGUACCCCCAUGUCCCAGUUCUCUGCUCCUCCUGCCGUCAAGUUUACUGCUAGCUCUGGUCUUCCUGCACCUCCCACUGGUCCCCCCAUUUCAGGUUUUUCCAUGUCCUCAACCUAUGAUAUCACCAGGGGUCAUGCUGGUCGAGCACCGCAGAGCCCACUGAUGCCUUCAUUUUCUGCAACUCCAGUCACAGGAGGUGUUUUGGCUGAUCCCAUCACUCAACAAGCAACUUUCUCAUCAUCUUUGUCUCCUGGGGUUGGCUCUGCAAUCACUUUUCCUGAGGAGCAUGAAGACCCCAGAGUAUCUACUGCCCAUGGUGGAGCACCUGCUGGAGGGCUGUGGGGGUUUAUAAAGGGUGUAGCUGAGAAUCCCAUGGUGAAGUCUGUUCUUGAUAAAACCAAACAUUCAGUGGAGACCAUGAUCACAACACUGGAUCCUGGCAUGGUUCCCUAUAUCAGAACUGGGGGAGAACUGGACAUAGUGGUCACUUCUAAUAAAGAGGUAAAAGUGGCAGCAGUUCGGGAUGCCUUUCAAGAAGUCUUUGGAAUGGCUGUUGUUACUGGAGAGGCUGCACAAUCUAACAUUGCCCCCCAACCUGUGGGCUAUGCUGCAGGUUUAAGGGGAGCACAGGAAAGGAUAGACAGCUUGCGUCGGACAGGAGUCAUCCAUGAGAAACAGCCUGUUGUAUCCGUGGAAAACUUCAUUGAGGAAUUGCUUCCUGACAAGUGGUUUGACAUUGGAUGUCUGAUUAUUGAGGAUCCAGUUCAUGGAAUUCAUCUAGAAACAUUUACACAAGCAACACCAGUACCUUUACAAUACGUUCUACAGGCCAAGAGUCUCACUCCUGAGGACUACAAUCUGAGAUGGUCAGGCCUGCUGGUGACCUUGGGCGAGGUGCUGGAGAAGAGUGUCGUGAACGUGAACAGGACAGACUGGCAUGUGGUGUUCACGGGCAUGUCCCGCCGGCAGAUGAUCUACAGCGCGGCCAAGGCCCUGGCAGGGAUGUACAAACAGCAGCUGCCACCCACGACCAUGUGAGACUGGCUGGUCUGUCAGAGCAAGGAGUACUGGGCUUGGUUCUGAAGUUGAUAUGAAGGCUACACGCUCUUAAUUCGCAGUGAAUGCAACACACAUUUGUAAUCUUAACUCUAAACUGCUUCUAAUUUUUGAGAAGCGAAGGUGAUUUCUGGUAGUGGAAGUGAGCAAUUACAUUUUUUGGCUAUUAUAUGAUUUCCAGUAUGAUUCACAAAGCAGGAAAUUGAGACAAAUGCAUAUAUUUAUAACCAGUACAAGUAGCAUUACAAUUUUUCAAGUGUAACAUGCUAUGAUUUGACACCUUACUAGACAUUUGCUGAGAUACUUUAGUUAGUAUACUUUUGAAAGGGGAUAUUUGUUUAGCUGUUUCUAUUAUAUUAGUAAUAUAAACAUGUUGACAGCAUAACAUGUAUAUUAUAUAUAUGCAUUUCAAUCCAGAGAGACUACCUUCUGUAUUACAUGUUAUACUGGGGCACGUAUUUAGGGGAUACUUAAGACCUCAUGAGUUUGGUGUCUGUAUAUAGUUCUCAGGAGUGAUACCAAGUAGUUUCUACAGCACAUAACAGUGAGGUGCUGAAGAGCACAAAUCCAUGCCCUGUUAGCUGAAGUCUUUGCUAAAUAGUUCUGAAUUCUCAUUUUCCAUGCUGCAUCUUUUUUUCUUUUUUUAUGUAGCAGUAAUGAAAUUCGUGGCCAGUUGAAACACCACAGACAAAUUUCGAGUUGCUUCAGUGGGUUUUAUAUCAGGUACCGCAUAUGCCACAUGAAAUCAUCUCAGCAGUUUCAAUAACAUUGUUUACUCCAAUGCUUCCAAACUUCACAUUUUAUAUGGAAUUACGUAGUUUAUCUAGUUACAGCUGUCAGCAAUUUGAUUAUGGAAAAUGGUGAUGUGUGUAUCACUUGCUUUGCUAGCCUGGGUUUCUUAAACACUUUGAAGUCUUAAAAGCUUUCUUGAUGUCAUGAACUCACUGUCUCUCAUAUAAGUUUUUGGUGUGUCUGACGUUUUUCAUGGCUGUAAAGGUCCUCCAUCAAUGCUCAUGCAAUCUUAAAAUCUGUAUUUAGAAAUAUGGAAGUAAUUGUGAAGAAAAUAUUUUGGUAACACUUUUUUAAGAAACAAAGAAUAAACAAAUACUUUUUGUUUGCCUUAAGCAGUUUUUCAGCUUAUAUUGCUCUGCCUUUACCUUUAUUAGAUGCUUUCAAAGAGCAUUUUUAUAUACAAUAUACUUUUAAGCCAGCUCAUGAUUGUACCCAGUGGAAAUCUAUCUAUGUCCAAGUAUUUGACCUUAAUUGGUUUACUCUGUAAAGUAGUUGAAUAGAUGUUUUCAGCUUUUUACCAUCUGCUGGGUUGUGUUGCGGGCAAUAAUACAAGAGGAAGUUCAACAGGUAAGACAUUGACAUCCUGUUUUAAAUUUAUAUUGAGAUCAGCUUAGAAAAGCAGAGACACAUUUGGACAUGUGACUUUUAUUACAUGUACAGACAAUUCCCAAUUGCUUCAUCACUGUAGAUACAGCUGCAGAAGCCAUUUCUGCUACUUAAAGAGGGGGUAGGUUUGUUCAAAUAUUAGUGUCAUGAACAAAAGAUCAAGAAAGCUACUACAUAUACUGCUAUUAUACUACAUAUACUACUCUUUUUAGGUGUGUCUCACAUAGAUGCAGCCAAGUUUUUUGAUUUUGCAUUACUUUAAAAGAGAUCUACCUGGUCCUUAAACUAAGGUUCUUCAAAAUGUUGGAGAUCGUUCAUUAACUGCACUUGUUGCUGGUUUUUGUACACUUAAGGCAAUGGUUCUUUAAGUCCCCUGUGCAUUGUACAAUGGCAGGGUUUUAACUGUUAUUGUGAGAAAGGAGCAGAGCAGUGAUAAUUCAGGCUGAACUUUAGAAGGUAUGUAUAGGCUGAUGUGACAUGGGUGAGCCUUCAGAAAUAUCAGCACAAGGGUUUUGUAUAUAGGAAGAAUACUGGAUUUUUUUUUCUGAGGCUGAAAAUUAAUUUCAGGACUAUGUAUAUACAUGUACCUGUAUAAGUACUGUGUAGAACUGACACACCCUCUCUGCAAGAUUUGAUAUAUGAAUUUUAGGCAUGGUGUCACAAGUAGGGAUUUUGAAGGAGACUGUGACUGGGUUAUUGUUAGAGAAGAGCUGAAAAUUUAAGUGUGCAGAAACCACUUUGCUCAAAUGAAACUUUUUCUCCUGGACUUCAUUUGCAAAUUCUAAUCAGCUUUUUGGUACCGUUAUCCCAGUUCUUAGUCUGUGCCCUUAGAGAUUGACUUUGCAAGCAGCUGUAGUGGCUUAAGGUGUUACAGCCCUGUCAGUGGAGGUUUCUGCCCCUGCAGAUUUUCUUGUGGAAUUAGCUCUGAAUGCUAAUUAUGAGCUGAAGUUACCUGUGACUGCUCUCCCACUCUUGUUUUAACAGCAGCAAACCUGAGUUGAAAAGUUUCUGCUCUGGGCCUGGCCUUAGUUUUUUCAUCACAACACUACUCAGAACAUUGUGGCUCUGUCAGAAAAAUCCUGGUUAUGAAGUUCCCCGCACAAUUUUGUUGAAACUAGUCCGAUAACUUCCACCCAGCUGCCCCUCUCAAAGUUUUCCAUGCACAUCUGUUGAAGAAGGGAUGGGGCAUGUGGGGUCUGAUGAAGCAACAAAUACAGUUUAGUGGAACAUAUUGGUCCAAAAACAGAACAGCCUCAAUGACUGCUCAUGUACAGAGCACAUGAGCAGAGUAUUUUCCUUUAAUUGAAAGCUUUUAAAAUUAUCUUCCAAUUCCAGUCUUGUCUUUAGACAUCUCAAUUUGGUCAAGAUAGUGAGGAAUGGCAGAAGAGGGCAAAAAUAAGAAUGAAGUAUGAAUGGAUGUGAAGGCGAUCAGGAGAGUACCAGAGAAGUAGGAAUGUCUAGUGAGCAGGUACAGGAGCUUAAUUGUAUUUAAUGCAAUGUCCUGGAUGCAGGAAGUGGUAGAGGGUAGUUGAGAAAUCAGGUGGGAAUAUGGAAUAACUUGGGUCUGUCUGCUGCUGUUUGUUUUGGCCAGCUUUAGAAGACCCCAGCAUAUACAUGGAUAUCUUGCAGCAGAGAGGUUUAGCCCAAUCGUGAUUCAGAUUCUUCAGGAUAUUUGUAAAAGCAGCUUUUCUUUCCCCAUAAUAGUAUAAUGUGAGGUAAACAUUGCAGAUGGAGGUAAGACAUUAUCCCUGAACAGUUGACUCUGAAACAGAACUCUGUGUGUCUAGUUUACAAUUACAUUUAAUAAUUUUGACCAAGCAAAUUUAAAAAAAGGAAAAAACAUUGUUCUUCAUUUCCUACUGUUAACAGACACAGGAACAAGUAGUAAAUGAGAACAUUCUGUAUCCCAUCAAAAGUUGUUAAUAGACUUGAAAAUCAGAAUAAAAUAACUUCAAACUUGGUUAUUUUUCCAAUGUGUAUUUUAACUUCAACAAUUAAGUCUGUCUGUAACUUAUCAAAAACUCAAAUUUUGACAUCCUGAAUCCCUGAACCGUUUGGCUUUGACUUCAUGGUUCUGUUCCAUCCAUAGUUACGCAACUCAGGAAAAGCUAGUUGCAUAAAAGCAAUAGUGUAUAGAAUUACAGUUUCUAAAAGGAAAAAAAUGCCAAUUGGUUUGAUUUAUCAUCUCAUUGUGCAGAAUUCUGUCAAAGCUUUAGAUACUCCAGCCAGCUGAUUUUGUAAAGCAGCCAGACUAUGACCUGGCAAUUAAAUUGUGAAUACACAGUUUUGCAGAGGAAUAACAGAUCCAAAACCACUCAGCAGCUUCUUCUGAGCUAACACAGGGAUUUGUCAUGUACUGGAAUCAAAGGAGAUGCAGCUCUAAGGUUACAAGCAAAAUUAAAAUAUUUGGUAUUGAGCAAGUGAUUUCCAACUAUCUUUACAUUCUACGAGUGUGAGUGAAUGUGGCACUGGCCUUCUCUGUAAAUUAGAGAAGUACCUCAUAGUAGAGGAGAAAGCAGAUGGGUUGGUUUUGCAAGAUUUGGUGGCUUUUUUAAUGCAAAGUUACAUGGAAUUCUGUGUAAAGCCUGGAGUUUUUUGAUAUUAAUCACAAAAACACGCUUCUUGUUAAAGGAUACUCCAUGACAGGAGUGAAUGUAAUUUUUUUUUUUUUUUAAAUAAGAAUUAUAGUGUUGGAAAUUGUUGAUCACAGCUUUCAAGCAUCUUUUAUUCUACUUGGUCAGAUCAGCAUGUAUUUGAAAAUGCUCAAACUAAAAAAUAGCUAAGGUAGUAACUUCGUUGUGAAUAAUGCAGUGAACCACUCAGUCAUAUUCCUCCCUCAGUUUAGUCUUGAAUUCCAUCAAAAGUUCCCUGAGUUUUAAAAGCUUUCACUUGACUUAGUUUGAGUAUAUGUUCAUGCUUGUGCAGUUCAGUUGGUUCUGCUCAGAAUUUUGUAGGAGAAUUUCCCUAUAAAACACAGUUCUCCUCUAACAGGAUACUGAGGGAUCAUUUUCAUGAUCUAAUUCUUACAGUUGCAGGAGCAGCUGUUCCAAGUAAGGGGUGAAUAUUCUGCAACUUCUUGGAAAAGUGCAGGAAGUUGCAUUUUGUAUAAGGAAUAGUAUUUUGAUCAGUAGUGGGAUUCUGAAAUAGCUGUGGCAUCAAACAAAAACCAGCAGAUUUAGAAAGAAUUCCCAAACAGACCAGUUAUCCUAAAAUCAGUGCUGGUCUUGGGACGUUGUUCUGGGAUAAGUGACUACAGUUAUGCACAUGCAAGGCAGAUUCUAGGGGUUUUGUUAAAAUGUACUAAAACUAAAAAUCAACAAACUUGUGUCUGCAGGGGAAAGAACAGGAGAAUUUUUCUUUUUAAUAUAGUAGGAAUUACUGUAAUCAGUAAUCACACUGUUACAUAGUUCUUUUUGCCUGUAGUUCUCAGAAUAUUUGCGAAAAAGCACAUCCCAAUAAAAGGUCGUAAGCAUUAUAAUGAAAACAUUUUAAGUUCUCUCUGUCCUGUGUAGAUGCAGACUUUUGUAUCUGAAGAGCUUAUUUUCUUGGACAUUGCAAGUCAGUAAUACCAGACACGCAAACCCCUAAAUUGAUAAAUAUAAUAAAUUAAAAUUAUUACUAGGGAUAAGAUACUUUGAUUUUCUCUUUUUUGGAGUGCUACAAAUCACAUGAAUCUCUGAGGGGAGUUUCUCUUAUCACCAGUGACAGCCAAAGUAUUAAGUGAGCACCUCUGAACCACUGUAAACUUGGGUGUGAGCUCCCAAUUUCUUGUUGUUUUCUGAGUUCUUAAAUGCAAGCAAGACAGCAAAAGCUGAUUCUGCAGUUGCCAGGCUGACUAUAAGUGGAUUUUGGAGCUUGUUUCUCAUUGCCAUUCGCUCUGUAAUAAUCUGUCCAUGGUGGGAGCAGCACCAUAGGAAGGUAUAGAAGACUUAGGAAACGAAGUGAGAAGACUUAGAAAAUGAAGUGUGUAGCACAAAACUGAAGAGGGAAAGAGUGCUGCCUUUUCUUAGAUUUUUUUCUAGUGGUUAUGUUUCUCCUGAUGUGAAUGGGAAAGUUUUAUCAUUCUGCCCACAAAAGAACUUUGUAACAUUUUUUAAUGAUUUGUUUAAUUUGUUCUGUUAAUCUGUUUCCUCUUGCUGCAGAUUGUUUAUAUUACCUGUACACAAUUUGCUCUCUAUUUUCUUGAUGCAGAAGCCCACCUCUCCCAUUUUUGUUGAAUUAAACGUGACUGGUUUUAGUCAAACUCUCAGUUCUUUGCCAGUUUAAAUCAGUUGUUUUAUUAACACAAGUGGAAACUUAGCAAUUCAUGCAGGCUGAUAAGGUAGCUCCAUGUUUUCAUAAUUUUGAUUUGAUUUCUUUUAGAGACAGCAGGUCAUAAGAGCUGUUUUCUGAGUUCUGCAGAACUGGAUAAUACCAAACCAUUGGUCUCAUACACUUAAUUAAACAGGAAAAAAGGUUUCUUUGCAGUUUGUUUUGACUUUUGAGUUAUGGCAAAACGAACAAACUGUGUUUGAAUCCACAUAUUGAAAAAAGGUUUAAUAGAACCCACAAAAACCUAAGCUUGCAAAUUUGUCAUAGUUUUGAGAAUUGAGAGUUCAUAUACCGCCCACUAUUUUGGAGCCUUAGAAAUUAUUCUGGCUGCUCAUUGGCUGUGAUCAAAUCCACCCUUCUACUUGGACCUCAUCUGGCAUUAAAAAGAAGAGCUGAAUAAACACUGUUUUGUGAGAGCAGAUCUCUCCAGGCAAUGCUGACACAUUUUCUGGAUGAACUUGAGGAGAACGUUCUGCCUCUGCUACAUCCUCCCAACUGAUGAGUUGCUUAAAUACCUUUAAAUUUUGUUUUUUUAAGAAAGAUGUAUUGUUGCUGAGGUGGUUUUCUUAAGUCAUUGGAAGUAUCUGCUCUGAAAAUUGCUCCUUGUAGGGGGCAAUUCUAGCAAAUUCCUAGUAACCUGGUUUGAACAAAACAGUUACAGUAAUAUAGUUUCAGUGCAUAUCUUUUUAUUUACUUAGGUCUGUAUAUUGAGAGGGAAAAAUUUCUUGGUAAAGAAUAUAACUGUGUCUUCUACACAUCCUCAGUGCAGUGGGUGCUGUAGGAAAACAGCUCAGAGGCAGAAAACAUGUCGCCUGUAAGCAGUCACAAACACCAAAUAGCUUUGCACACUCUACCAAGGUAUUUCCUUAAAAGUGACUUGCAAAGGUCUUGCAAAAGUAUCAGAACAGGGAGAAGUUGUAUCUGUCGAUGUGUUAUUCAUAACUAUUUAUUCACGGUCAUCCCAUUUUUCUGAGUGCUUUAACACAUUAAAGAACUUAUAUCUCUUUCUCUGGCAAAGAAAUAUUAUAAAUGAGAAUCACAAAAUCACAGAAUCAUUUAGGUUGGAAAACACAUCCAAGAUCAUCAAGUCCAACCUGUGACCAAUCGCCACCUUGUCUAAACCACAACAUUAAAGGCCAAGUCCAGUCAUUUCUUGAGCCUCUCCAGGGAUGUUGGGUCCACACCCUCAAUUGAAAGAAACCAAAUUGUUUGGCAUUCCUCUGGUGGGAUGUGGGGCUGUUUGCUGAGCAAGUUAGAUCAGAGUAUGCAUUGCAACAGCAACUCCUUCCAGUUUGACCGUGCCAGUGUUUAGGUGAUGGCAAGUCCCCAUGGACCAGAUGCUGGUAUUCAGUUUCUCCCCUCUGUUCAUGCAUUUUCACAAGCAGCCUUAGUGCUGUAGUUCUGUAUGAAUUUUCUGGAUUGCACAUGCCAUGUACUGGGCUGAAAGUGUUUGGUAUUUUACAUUUUGAAUAUGUAAUCCCUGACUGUGUGUUUUCUUCUGUGUACUUCUCUAAAAAGGGACAUGAGCUACUCUGGAAACUGUCCUGUAAUUAUCCACUCAAGGGAUACCAAAGCCAAAAAAAGAAAGGGAAAACACAGGAGGUGCCAGACUACCCUGUGAAUGUUUGCAGGUGGUGCAGCUCUGUGUUUUUGGUGUGCCUUCCAUAAAUCUGCCAUGAUCUGCUACAGCCAAAGCCAAGGACAGGUUUACAGCAGUUCAUUUGGGUGGAUGUUGGUGCUAUUUCACAACCACAGCUGAUGAAAAAUUCAAAAUAAAACACAAGGCAUGUGAUACGUGUAGAUACUAUCUGAA